AUGCAAAGUCUUGAUUUUUUUGGGACACAAAAAUUGGAAAAAGCCAUAGUUAAUAGGAAAAUAGACGAAGAAAAAGAAAAAAUAAGCUGUCUUAAAAUUCGAGAAAUCAAAUUGCUAAAGAAAGAACCUCUGAAACUAUAUUGUCGUAAUGACUUUCAAUCGCCAUAUUCUGUUAUAAACUUAGAACGUAAACCUGCUAGAGGACCACAACAAAAUGAAAUUUCUUUUAGAGGUUUCCUUCAGCCAAUGUGGGAAAAGGGAAAAGAUAUUGCAGCCCCAAAGUUGAAGGACCUAAAGUCCCUAUUACAUCUUAUUCCAGCUGAUGCGAAGGAUUUUUAUCGCAAUCUCUCUGGUAGUCGCGACGUGGAGGAUGAUGUGGAUGGAUUUUGUAUUCCGCCUGAUUUUGAGCCAGAUAAUGUUGAGGAGGUGUAG